UCGAUAUAAGAUUUCACCUUUCUACAAUCUUUGGAUUAAAUUCUCACUUCAAUCUUAUCCAUUGGAUUAUUUCACUUCAACAUGGUACGUGAUGAACUAAUUUCAGCGCAUGUUUUUCCGAAAGUUGGAGAAUUUGAUCCGAGCAUAUUAGCUUACUACGCGUGAUGCGCAGGUUAGACAAAACCUCGCUCCUAACAAACUACCGCCAGCUUUGUACGCUUCCGGCAGCCAGUCUCCCUGCAUCCUAUAACAUUCUGUCAUGUAACAGAAAGAUUGCAGAGUGCGUGAGAAAUGACCAAACGCCAAGUGCACAGGACCUGUUCGAUCAAAUGCCCGUGAGAGACGUCGUUUCGUGGAACACCAUGUUGUCGGGUUUGCAGAAGGCCAAAAACCCACACGGAGUUAAUCGAUGUUUCUUGCAAAUGACAAGAGAUGGAUUCAGACCAAACGAGUACACUGUCUCGAUAGUACUCAACGCGUUUUUGGGCACAGCGUUUAAUGUUUUGGUCUCGCAGGUUCAUGCCGUUGUAGUCCGCUUGGCGCUCAACUCGAGUGUGUUUGUUGGGUCAGCGCUGAUGAAAGGGUACGCAAAUGCGGGCAAUCGGGUAGCUUUGAGCGGAGUGUUUGAUGAGAUUUCAGUGAAGGAUGUCUCGUCUUGGAACGCUUUGGUUUCGAGUUACAUGGAAUUGGGGUGCAUCCAUGAGGCUCAGACAGUUUUUGAUGGGAUGUUGGAAAGGAACGUUGUUUCGUGGACUAGUCUGGUGAAUGGUUAUAUCAGCAAUAAGAGGGUUAACAAAGCUCGCUCUGUUUUCGACAAGAUGAGUGAAAAGAAUGUGGUUUCAUGGACUGUUAUGAUCAGUGGGUACGUGAGAAGCCAUAAAUUUGUGGAUGCUUUGGAUCUUUUCCUCUUAAUGUUGAAAUCGGGGACUCGGCCAAACCAUUUUACCUUUUCAAGCGUGUUGGAUGCAUGUGCUGGUUGUUCUUCACUUGUCUUGGGACAGCAAGUUCACUCGAGCAUCUUAAAGUUCGGUGUGCCAGAGGACGUCAUCAUGUCAACCUCACUUGUUGACAUGUACGCAAAAUGUGGAGACAUUGGCGCGGCACUAUGCAUUUUCAGAUCAAUGCCAAGGAAAAACCUGGUGACAUGGAAUUCGAUAAUAGGAGGUUAUGCCAGGCACGGACUCGCUACAAGAGCAUUGGAGGAGUUUCAGAGCAUGACCGAGUGCGGUUGUAGGCCUGACGAAGUAACGUUUGUAAACCUGUUAUCGGCUUGUGGGCAUGGCGGGAUGGUUGAAAAAGGCAAAAUCCUAUUUAACUCCAUGAAAGCAAAGUUCGGAGUUGAACCAAAGGUCGAGCACUAUGCUUGCAUGGUUGACCUAUAUGGGAGAGCAGGUGAGCUAGAGGAAGCCGAGAAGUUGAUACAAGGGAUGCCAUUUCAGCCGGAUGUGGUGGUUUGGGUCGCAUUGCUUGGUGCAUGUGGCUUGCAUUCAAGUCUCGAACUUGGCGAGUUGGCUGCUACAGAAAUUGACAAACUGGGACAUGCCCAUCCCGCAGGAUAUUCGACGCUUUCAAAGAUUCACGGCGAAAGAGGAGCAUGGAACAGCGUCCAAGAGUUUAGGAAGACGAUGCAAGAGAAAGGCAUUCGAAAGCAGAACGCCGGUAGCUGGGUCGAAUCUCCACAAGGAAUGAGAUGAACAGAUUCAUGAAACUGACCAAAACACAUUUGAGAUUACGAGGUCCGAUUUACCCUACCACAACAUUUACGCUUGGAAAAUAGACCUUCAUUGAUUAAAAUCAAAAUAUAACCUUGUGUAA